UAACCCUGGUAGUACAUGAGACUACAGGCGUCUCCAUGACUGGCGUUCAGCAGUGUGAAGGCGAUCAAGUUUUGUGAGCACCGAGAGCCAACGUAACGUAUCGAAACCCACGUCGAAAAUACAAGACACGCCAGCUAUGUCAAGCGUCCUGUGCGGCAGAUCUCGACUCGUUUCAUACCUCCCUGGAAUCCAUGCUUUAGUAGCUCGUGUAGCGGGGACGCGGAGUUUCUCUGCCGCUGGAUCGUCUGGCUCUAAUGUGACCGUGGCACCAGCUGAUCAAGGGUCCCUCACUGUGUGGCCUGAUGAUAGCAUGGGUGUGUUCGGACCUCAGGACACACGCUUUCAGCUGCCAGGUAACGUGGGGUUUGAAAGCCAUCUGGCUGGAGUUGUGGAGCCGAAGCAGAGGGUAGCAGAAGCCACAAUCCCAGAUCUGCUGUGUUCCUUAACCAGCAGUGAAAGACACGAGCAUAUUCUGGCCCAGUUCAUUACAGAGUGUCAGGAUGAGCCGUUGAACCAGAAUGCAGUGCGGGCGGAGCAGUAUUUUGACAGUCCUUGUGUGGAGUGUGCCAUCCAGUUGUGUCCUGAGCUACUAAAGGAAGAUGUGAAAUCCAUGUUUCCCGAUGCGCCAAACUCUGGUAUGGUUGUUGUCACUGUGACUCAGAAGACCCAAAAUGAUAUGACCGCUUGGUCUGCUGAGGUGGAGCAGGAGAGAGAACAAAUGCUGGAGAAGUUUGUAGAGGGAGCAAAGGAGAUCUGUUACACCUUGCAGAGACAAGGUUUCUGGGCUGACUUCAUAGAUCCAUCUUCAGGGCUGGCGUUCUUUGGCUCUUACACCAACAACACGCUGUUUGAGACAGAUGAGCGUUACCGUCACUUGGGAUUUCAAAUCGAGGACUUGGGCUGCUGCCGAGUGAUCCGACACUCACUGUGGGCAACGCAUGUCUUUGUAGGAACCAUAUUUACAGAAGCCCCGGCCAAUAGCCUCAUCAUGAAGGAGCUGCAGGGAAGCAGUGGCUCUGGAACAACACUUGAUGGUCGUUGAUGGUGGUGAUGGUUUCUCCAUCACCACAAUAAACUUUAUCUGACUGUGCUGCAGUUUGUCUGGUGAUUUAAUCAGGAGAGAACAU